CCCCGACGUAAUUCUCUGACCUUUUACUCCGAGAAGUGCGGCCGGCCCUUAUCAUCUGCAAAAUGAGCACACAGAUCCCCUGCCAGCCACUUUGCAGCGGCGCUGAGACAGUCAGAACGCUAGUACCCGGGCUUUCAGGCCUGCGGAUGAGAAAAAAAGGCUAAGGAAGCAUUUCCUUGGGGAGCAGGGCUCGAAGAGAUGUUUAAGGGGUUCCAUCUCCCAGCCUCCUGGCCUGAUCCCUUUCGUAGAAACAAAGGUCUCAGUUUCCCCAUCUGGGAAGUUAGGGCAUUAGGACUCCCUUCUCUGAUGGCGUCCGGAGCUGACAGGACAAUUCUGGAUCUGUUUCUCCUGAGGAGGCUACUCCACUGACAGUGAUGUAAAACUCUCCACUGCCUUCCCCGUCUCCAACCUCUGAUCUACAGUGACAACACUGUCCUCAGGGAAGAUGAACCGGCUGUGCGACUCGAUGGAGCCGAGAGUGAUGGAUGACGACAUGCUUAAGCUGGCUGUGGGGGAGCAGGGCCCACAGGACGAGGCUGGGCAGCUGGCCAAGCAGGAAGGUAUCCUCUUCAAGGAUGUCCUGUCCCUGCAGCUGGACUUCCAGAACAUCCUCCGCAUUGACAACCUCUGGCAGUUUGAGAACUUGAGGAAGCUGCAGCUGGACAAUAACCUCAUUGAGAGGAUCGAGGGCCUGGAGAACCUCACACACCUGGUCUGGCUGGACCUGUCCUUCAACAACAUCGAGGCCAUCGAGGGGCUGGACACACUGGUGAACCUGGAGGACCUGAGCUUGUUCAACAACCGGAUCGCCAAGAUCGACUCUCUGGAUGCCCUCGUCAAGCUGCAGGUGCUGUCGCUGGGCAAUAACCAGAUCGGCAACAUGAUGAACAUCAUCUACCUGCGGCGGUUCAAGGGCCUGCGGACACUCAGCCUCUCUGGGAACCCCAUCGCUGAGGCAGAGGAUUACAAGAUGUUCAUCUGUGCCCACCUUCCUGACCUCGUGUACCUGGACUUCCGGCGCAUCGACGACCGCAUGGCAAAGCUGGCGGAGAUUAAGCACCAGUACAGCAUCGACGAGCUGAAGCACCGGGAGAACCUGCUCCAGGCGCGGCUGGAGGAUGAGCAGGCCCGGCGGGAGGAGCUGGAGGAGCACAAGGCCGCGUUCGUCGAGCACCUGAACGGCUCCUUCCUGUUUGACAGCAUGUACGCUGAGGAUGUGGAGGGCAACAAGCUGGCCUACCUGCCUGGUGUCGGCGAGCUCCUCGAGGCCUACAAGGACAAAUUUGUCAUCAUCUGCCUGAACAUUUUCGAGUAUGGCCUGAAGCAGCAGGAGAAGCGGGCAGUGGAGCUCGACACCUUCCGUGAGUGUGUCCAGGAGGCCAUCCAGGAAAACCAGGAACAGGGCAAGCACAGGAUCGCCAAGUUCGAGGACAGGCACCUGCUGAGUUUAAGUGCCAUUCGAGACGAGUCCGAGCCCACCAACAUUGAGAGGAAGAUAGCGGAAUACAGUGAGGAUAUCACUGAGCUGUUCAACGUGCUCAUGACACUGGAGAUGCAGUUGGUGGAGCAGCUGGAGGAGACUAUAAACAUGUUUGAAAGAAACAUCAGCGACCUGGUGGGACUCUUUAUCGAAAACGUCCAAAGCCUGAUGGCUCAGUGCCGCGACCUGGAGAACCACCACCACGAGAAGCUCCUGGAUAUCUCCAUCAACACUCUCGAGAAAAUAGCGAAGGGCGAGCUGGACGCGGACCUGCCCGACGACGUGCACGCGCUUUUUGUCGACAAAGACACAAUUGUUAAUGCUGUCGGGGCAUCACACGACAUCCACCUCCUGAAGAUAGACAAUCGGGAAGAUGAGCUGGUGACCAGGAUCAACUCUUGGUGUACACAUUUAGUGGACAAGAUUCAUCAGGACGAGAUCACGAGGAACCGCAAGCGUGUGAAGGAGAUCAAUCAGUACAUCGACCACGUGCAGAACGAACUGGACAACCUGGAGUGCGGCGAUGCUGUAGACUAGGGGCGUCUGCCCAGAAGGCUCCUUUUGAAAACACAGCACUCGCCCUGGCCAGGAAAGUGCACACGUCACUGACGGCCUCAGAAGAGCGUUCUUGGGGAUUUCUCAACCCAUGACCCCCAUUACACCAUGCUUCUCCAACCCCUGGAAAAACUUCCCAAUGUAGAGAAAAAUAAAGGACUUACGUCACCUUUUCUCCAUGCUUUAAAAAAAUAAUCAGAAUUCACGUUCAUGUACGAGCAGGAGAAAGAGGCCAAGACAAGCAGUUGGCCUUGCAGUUGGCCAGUCCACUGACAGCAGCUCCCAAGGGGGCUGCCAGUGGGCUAGCCUCUCCGCAGUGGCCUGAUGUCGGCCGUGUGCCCCAUGCUGUAGGCAGAGGCGGCGGACGGGGACCAAGCCCUGCUCUCCUCUGGGCACUGAGGAGUGGAGCAGGAGGGGCUGCAGCACAGCACUGGGGCCUGGGCCAGCCUGCCAGGUGGGGGCCACCGCUCCCUGUGGCUCUGAGCUUGGCCGCAGGGACCCGAGGACCCUCCGGAGGUUAAGAACACAGGCUGGGCAUCGCACGCCUCCUCUGCAGCCUGAGCUCCAUCUGUGAAGUGGGGAUAUGAAGGGCCUCCUCUGAGCAUGGUUGAGGGCUUCAGGGAGAGCGCAGAGAACACGUGGAGAAGCACCGGCGUGUGGCCAGCGCCCCGUGAACAGAGGUGAUACAUUUUGUUACUCAGGUGUGCAAGGACGGGCCGCUCAGAAAGACUUGCUGCCUGAAACCAGACCCUCCCUGCCUCCCUCCCACUGGGCCCCGCACCAGGAGACGGCGCCUGCCUCCCAGGACCGCGCAAGUGGCCAGGGUGGAGGGACUCUCGGGCCCCCUGAGCGGGACAGGUGCACACACGUCGGGUGGCCUUGCCCUGGGCUGCCCGGGCUUUUAACCCAGAGACGAUGUAUAUUUUCUAUUUUUAAGAGUAAAUCAUUUUUUCUAAAAUAGUAGGAACAAAGAGAAACAACCAGCUUAGACCAAGAAGGACUCACUUUCGAAAGAUCUUUUGAUUAAAAACCAG